CCUGAGACGAUUUACGACGUCCUACUGCCUGGCAGGCGGCAACUUUUAGAUAUUGGAAGAUAUAAAAGCGCAGCACUUGGGAAUCACGACACUGUUCCAGUGAGAGAAUAUAGACUCGCUUCUUUCCUCGAAUUUGGUCUUCCAUUUCACCGUCAACCACAUUUCUGUAGUCCAGAAACUCCCCAGCUCCAGGCAUGCAAUCCGCGGACCCAGAUCACUAUUUCCAGACCGAUGCCUCGCAGGCCCAGCGGGAGCGGAAGGCCGCCAAGUCCGGCAACAAGAAUGGCGACCCUUUGGUCAUGAAGUCCAAGAUCCUCGCGGCCGUCCCGGACCCCGCCUCCCCGCUCACCUCCGUCUUCAUCGCCGAGUCGGCCGGCUAUGUCCGCCGCGUCAACCUCGAGUUGUCUGAACCAAAGACCACCUACCGUGGCCCAAAGGCCCCCGUGACGUGCCUCGCGGUAGGAGGCUUCGGUGGCAAGACGGUAUUCGCGGGUUCCUGGGACAAGGACAUCUGGUCAUGGGACGUCGAAUCUUCCCGACCCGGCCUCAAGUUCAGCGGUCACUCCGACUUCGUCAAGGCAGUCGUCUGCACCACCAUCUCGGGCAAGGCGAUUCUCAUCAGCGGUGGCGCUGACAAGAAGAUCCUCGUCUGGGACACCGAGACAGGCCGCCGGCUGCACACGCUUCAGGAUCCCUCCACGACCAUGCUCGCCGUUCAGCACCUUGCCGUUGACCCCGUACUCAGCACUGCCGACGCCAUAGUGCUUGCCAGUGCCAGCAGUGAUCCGAACAUUCGGCGGUGGAAGAUCACACUCGAUGGCUACGAACAGCUCCCCGAGUCGUUCCAUGACCGGCCCGAUGCGGAGCGACUCACCAUUCGGGAGCAUGAGACCAGCGUCUACAGACUUGUCUACGACGACACGAGUGACGACGCAGAUCUAUGGACAGCCAGCGCCGACGGCACGGCAAAGUGUCUGGCGCGCUCCCGCAACUUCGUCUCAGAUGAUUCGUAUGAGCACGGCGACUAUGUACGAGCCGUAGCGGUAACGGACCAGUGGGUUGUUACAGCCGGCCGAGACGAGGACGUCAAGGUAUGGGACCGGUCGUCGGGCAAGCUAUAUGCCACGCUCGUUGGACACUACGAGGAGAUCACGGACUUGGUGAUGUUGCGGGAUGCAGAGGGAAGGGGCCGCAAGAUCUGCAGCGUCGGCAUCGAUGGCACAAUUCGGACGUGGCCCCUAGGCAAGUCGGAGCUAGAUGAUGUGGUGAUCAAGAUCGAGGAGGCUGCAAAGGCCGAUGCUAAGAAGGACGAGGACAAGGGGGAGAGCCUACUGACGGCGGAGGAGGAAGCCGAGCUGGCAGAGCUCAUGGACGAUUAGGUCAAGUAAGGUCAACAGGAAAGACUCUGAUCGACGGGGGCGUCAGAAAC